AUGAAGCCAGUGAGCUCUCCUCAGCGCCAACAGGACCGCCCUGCUCCUCUGCCGCCGACUCCCUCCUCGGAGACACAGGCGCGACGUGCCAGCUCGUCCAGCAGCGGUGCCUCUUCCACAACCUCGAACCAGACAACCCUCAACGUCUCAAAGCGAUCUCUCUAUGGCCUGAACCACCAGCCGCCGCAGCAGUCUACCUCUGCCGGCCAGCCGUCUCAUUCCCCCUCGACGGGUGCCGGCAGCGUCAAUGGCAGCAACACCUCGCUGUCUGGUGCGCUGCGGCCCCAAAACGAGCCUGUCCAGCGGCGGGCAUCGCCUCUGGCCCCAUCAGCAUCGUCUGACACUCGAGGUUUCCGUUCACGCCACCAUUCUCAGGGCUUCUUUGAGCCAUCUCUGCCCACAGCCUCUCAGAACUCGGCCGUCUCUGCCUCGAGAAUCGCUGCCCAGGCCGCGAUGCAGCACCAGACCGAGCAGCAGCAGCAGCAGCAGCACAUACGAAACAGAUCGCAGACAAUACCACCGCAACAGGAGAGUGGGAUCGCGGCACGGAGAGGUGCCAGGGAGUCGCCUCCUCCGAUACAGGUAAACGCCCUCAGACCUCAGAUGUCUGUGCCUGGCCAGCUGAACUAUCAGAACGGCUCGGUUGGAGGUCGCGCAGCGGCAGCUACAACUGCUGCGAAUGUCGCCUUUCCCAGAACUCCCACGCCCCAGAGUGUCCUGCCAACGAUGUCCACCACCAUAACUGGAGGAGUGACUGACCGCGCUGAGCCUGGCCAGAAGCAGAAGAGUGAAAAGUCCAAGAUGAAGCUGUUCUCCAAGCCAAAACAUAUUGGCAUGUCUAGAGAUAAAGAAGACAAAAAGGACAAGACCAUGCCAUCACCAAGCAAACUAGCCUCUAGGAUAGUUAAUGCGUCGACGGCCAGUCUGAAUGACGGCGGCGGCGGCGGCGGCAAUAACAAUAAUAACAACAAUAACAAUCUAUCGACAAACAAUCUAUCUCUUUACUCUCUGGCAAACUCCUCCGCUACUACUGUUGUGCCUAUUGAGCGCCAUUCUCUAGAUGAAGACAGAGGCAAAGAAAAGGAGAAACACAGACAUCACUUUCUCUCACGGCAGAAGCUUAAGCUAAAGGACAAGGACGACCACUUCCACCUCCCUCUAUCCUCUGCUAACAGCAACUCACGUCCUCUGGAUCCCAGUGCACCUCAGUCUCUCUACUCCUUUGCACCUUCGUCUCCGGCGGUUUCAACCUUUGGAAAAUCUAUGAGCGGCCUUGACCUGAGACACGGCGGUCGAGCUUUGAGAGAGAAGAAAAAGGAGGAAAAAGCAUCUGCUGCCGCCGCCGCCGCUGCUGCUCAACAGGACGCGAUGAUGCGAGAAGGGGAACACCAGGCGGACUGGUCUGGUGCUGCGUCGGUUACGGGUUCUACGGUGAACUUUGGCGGGCCAUCUUCUUCCCUGGGGAGUGCUCAGGGGGGUAUCCUGCCGGGCAACAAUGCUGCUAUCCAGGAGAUUCUGCAGGGGUUUGGUCUUCAGAAUAUGACUCCCGAUGACGCCUGGGACUUCCUCAAGGCAAAACUACUCGUCUUGUUUGAAGGCGAGGACGUUCGAAUCGCGUUGGAGGACCUCAACAAGCUCGUCAGAGUGCACAUACAGUGCUGUGUCCAGAAACACAUGCCUCAUGAAGUCGUUGAAGACCUUCGUGACCUGCUGCAGACCGGGUUUGCCUCUCUCAACUACUCCAUCUUCAAGGUGCCAGAGGAGAAUAUCAUUCCACACCUCGUCAACGUAUGGAUCUUCGCCUUUGGAACGAUCUUGCCCUUCAUCCAGGCCACCUUCUUACCGCUUGAUCUCGAGUUCAAGGGCCACGGCUCGAUCAUGAAUGUUCGUGAAGCAAAGGAAUUCUGGGGAGCCAAACCUGGCUCUGGGGAUACCUCUGCCUCCAUUGGUGACGAACUCGACGUCCGCAAGAUAGUCCUCACCUCGUUCCGCGACAACGUCAUCUUAACCCGAUACGAAGUCUUGAAAGCGGCCUUCUCCCGUCUUAGCCUAGAGAAGAUGAAUGCCAAUAUCAACGGGCCGCCUACUGCGACCUUGCACGGCACCGCAGCCAGUGCCAGUCGGCCAAGCACAUCUGCAGGCUACGAAACCGGAGUUGGAAGCUAUAACUCACAGCCGCCUCACCUUAACGCCGGCAGCUUCUCUUCUGAGUCCGCAAUCGCGUCUCUCUCCCGAGCUCGCGCGAUAUCCAACACGUCUUCUAACCCGGAACACACUUACCCGUCGUCUUACUCCUCUUACUCUCCAUCUCAGCCUUCUAUCCUAGCUCAGACCCACCACUCAACUAACCAUCCGGCACCACCACAACCACCACCUCUGGAUCCAUCCCACAUCACCGAGACGGCUGGGCGUAUGCUUCAGUGUAUCUGCGUGCUGGCCAGUGUCCAAAGCGAUGACGAGGCGCAGCAAAAGAUUGAAGAGCUGAGCAAAGCCCUCAAGCACAACUGGUUAGGCCGUGGCAGAACAGGCCGCAACCGUCGAGGCUUCGUCGGAACCAAGAUUCGUCCACCUCCACCCCCUCGUAAGGAAAGCAGCGAGCAAGCUGAGCACUAA